AUGGUAUUGCUUCUAGAAUCCGGUUUUGAUUCAGAUAUCUUCACAUUUAGCUCACUAAUUAACGGACUUUGUCGAGCACACAUGCUUGAUGAUGCUUUUGAUUGUUUUCCCGAAAUGUUUCAAUGGAAUGUCACCCCGAGUGAUGUUACAUACAAUAUAUUGAUUCGUUCUUUGUGCAUAAUCGGGGAUGUUGCUAGAGCAUUGAAACUUGCAAGAAAAAUGCAGUCUGCCGGAAUAAGUGCUGAUGUUUUCUCUUUCAACGCUCUCAUUCAAUGUUUUUGUAGAAUGAAGAAGAUUGAGGACGCUAAAAAGCUUUUGGUCGCCAUGCUGACGUUGGGAUUGGAUCCCGACAGAUAUACCUAUGGUGCUUUUGUUAAGGUGUUUUUCGAAUCCGAAAGAUUGGAUGAAGCGAUUGGGGUGUUUCACUCGAUGGAAGCUAAAGGUUGUUUUCCUGAUCCUUAUACAUGCAAUUUAGUUUUGGACUCCUUAGUCAAGAAGGGUUACUUGGAAGAUGCCCGUGAUAUUAUAAAACGAUGCAGCCGGAGGAGUACUAAGGCUGUGAAGUGCAGACAGAUUGGCCGGUGGUUUUCAAACCACGGCGAUACAGUUGAAGAAUUGUUAUCGGGCGAUGUAACUGAACAUCAGGCAGUCAAUCCGUUCAUUCAUACCACGCUAUGUGCUGGAAAAGUCGUGCUUAUUAUCUGGUGGGAUAUGUGA